CGCCGUAUUCACUGCACCUUUGCCGUGAACGUCAUACUUGAUAUCGCGAACGAUAUUGCGAGCGGAAGUACUGUGUCAGUUUAAGAUAGUUUCUACUAUUCUACCGGUAAAAUAUAUUUUUUUUAUUUAUAACUUUGCAACCCAUUUGCAACUUUGUUGGAUUAAUUGCAACGCCGUAAUGUCUUCGGCAAUGUAUAUAAAUGUGUGAAAAUUCGAUGAAUGCAACUACAGAAAUGAUUGUGAAAUAUCCGAGAUGCCAUUGAGAUGUCUUUUAUGGAAUCCUUGGGCGCUAAGGUUGCUAUGUUCAAUCAGUAUGCCAGCAAACACAAAGACAAACAGAGCAAAAAUCCGUUCACAUCUGGUCUGAAUAUCGAGAAGCCAAAAUUCUCCAAAGAAGAAUACGGCAGGCCGGAGGCAGGUUCCUUGUCCGAUUUGCGUGGUCGCAAAGCAAACGCCCAUGUAUUGAAGGAAAUCCUGGAGCUUUGUGAAAUUAUUAGUCACGAAGGCACACCCUGCCGAGAUCAACCCAACGUGAUCGGCAUCACGUUUGGCGAUAUCUUCAAUAUUUACACUAAUAUCAGUAGCAAAUGCGUAGGACUGCUGCUAAGAGCGAGGAAGCAGAAGUAUUUAGAAUUCGAAGGCGAAUGUCUUUUUCAAAGAAGAGACGACGACGUUCCGAUAUUUUUAGUCAAGCCGAUCGAAGAAAUUCGCAAGGAAUACAAUCAACGACUCGACGAAAUCCGGAUGGACGUAUUGGAUAGUUAAUGCAAAUUGCGUCUAUCUACAGAAAUAUUAUUUAUUCUCGCAGCGACAUUCGCGAUUGUUGUAUUCAAGAGAUCCAUUGGUCUGUAUUUAUUCGCCUACAUUUUUAUAGUAACACAAAUGACCACUGUAUGUAAUAUUAGUUAUGUAAUUUUUAUUCGACUUCUUAGUUUUAUACACUGAGAAUGAAUGAAUGCGGAUCGGUAUAAAUAUUUCGCGAGUAGUGCAAGUCAGAUGUGUGUUAAUGUAAUAGUAGGGUGAUUAAUUUAUUUUUAUCAAGCAUUUUGUCGCGACAGUCAAUUUUGUAAAUACUUAACAUGUAAUAAAUAGAAUAUAUUUUACGUA